AUCAAAAAUCCCACCAUCAUUUCUUAAAAAAACCACACACAAACACACAAUCUUCUCUUAAUUACUCUUCUUUCCCUCUCUCUCUUUUUUUCAACUUUCCAAAAGACUAUCCUUUUCCAACAACAUGCCUGAAGAAACUCCUCAAAAGUCCUCAUUUCUCAGCUCUACCACUGAAUACUACAAACUGUUAGAGAAAAACAAGAAGACUCUUCAAUUCAUUGAAGAUGUCACUGCCAACGCCGACCAUGUCCAGCGUCGUGUCCUCACCGAGAUCCUCACCCGCAAUGCCGAUGUCGAGUACCUCCGUCGACACGGCCUCGGUGGUGCCACCGACCGUAAGACCUUCAAAAAAACCCUUCCUCUCAUCUCCUAUGAGGAUAUUCAACCUGAUAUCAACCGUAUUGCCAAUGGGGACUCCUCUCCCAUCCUCUGUUCCUCUCCCAUUUCUGAGUUUCUCACCAGCUCGGGUACAUCGGGAGGAGAGAGAAAGCUGAUGCCAACAAUAGAAGAAGAGCUAGAAAGAAGAUCAUCACUCUACAGCUUACUAAUGCCAGUAAUGAGCCAAUUCAUAGAAGGCUUAGAGAAAGGCAAAGGAAUGUACUUUCUAUUCAUAAAAUCAGAAUCAAAAACCCCAAGUGGCUUACUAGCUCGCCCUGUUUUAACAAGCUAUUACAAAAGCUCCCAUUUCAAACACCGUCCAUUUGACCCAUACACAAACUACACAAGCCCAAACCAAGCCAUCCUCUGUUCCGACUCUUACCAAAGCAUGUACGCUCAGCUCCUCUGUGGCCUCCUCCACCGCACCGACGUCCUCCGUGUCGGCGCCGUCUUCGCCUCGGGCUUCAUCCGAGCCAUCCGGUUCUUGGAAAAGCACUUCCCACUCCUCUGCCACGACAUUCGAACAGGGACUCUGAAUUCAGAGAUUACAGAUCAGGGGAUCCGUGAAUCGUUGAGGAAAAUUCUGAAACCGGACCCGAAACUGGCGGAUUUUGUGGAAGGGGAAUGUGGGAAGAAAUGUUGGGGAGGAAUUAUUAGUAGGAUAUGGCCGAAUACGAAGUAUGUGGAUGUGAUUGUAACAGGGACAAUGUCGCAGUACAUAAAGACAUUGGAUUAUUACAGUAAUGGGUUGCCGAUUGUUUGUACAAUGUAUGCUUCUUCGGAGUGUUAUUUUGGAGUGAAUUUGAAGCCGAUGUGUAAACCAGAGGAAGUGGCGUAUACGCUUAUACCAACAAUGGCGUAUUUUGAGUUUCUUCCCGUGAAUAGGAGUAAAGGGUUGAGUGAUAAAGAGUUGCAGAAGGAGCUUGUGGAUCUUGUUGAUGUUCAGCUUGGUCAGGAGUAUGAGCUCGUCGUUACCACCUAUGCAGGGUUGUAUAGGUACAGAGUGGGAGACGUUUUAAGAGUGGCAGGGUUCAAGAACAAUGCACCACAAUUCAACUUCAUAUGCAGAAAAAAUGUUGCUUUAAGCAUAGAUUCAGACAAAACAGAUGAAGUGGAAUUACAAAAUGCUGUCAAAAAUGCACUAAACCAUUUGAUUCCAUUUGAUGUCACUUUGAGUGAGUACACAAGCUGUGUUGACACUUCAAAAAUCCCAGGUCAUUAUGUGCUCUAUUGGGAGCUAACUCUCAAUAACAAUGCAAUUAAAACAACACCAAUUCCACCCUCUGUGUUUGAAGAUUGUUGCUUCACAAUUGAAGAGUCUCUCAACGCCGUGUAUCGUCAAGGUCGGGUCUCUGAUAAGUCCAUCGGUCCCCUUGAGAUCAAGAUCGUCGAAACCGGGACGUUCGAUAAGCUCAUGGACUAUGCAAUUAGCUUAGGAGCAUCAAUAAAUCAGUAUAAAACACCAAGAUGUGUUAAGUAUGAACCCAUUAUUCAACUAUUGAAUUCAAGGGUUGUGUCAAAUUAUUUCAGCCCUAAGUGCCCUAAAUGGGUUCCAGGUCAUAAGCAAUGGAAUUGAAAUGGAGAUUUUAAUUGGAUUAUUGUAUCAUUAUCAAUAGGGAAUAUUUAAACACCCUAGAGAUUUUAUGGGUUUUUUUUUUUUUUUUUUUUUUUUCUAAUUUUCUUCUUUUUGCAUCCUUUCUGAAAUUUUUAGCACCUCUUGGAAAUGGGUUUAGGCUAAUUUGAACUUAAUAGACAAUGUACAAAAGUAGUUCCUCUGUUCAAGAAAGUAGU